CGAACAGGAGUGGUGAGAAAAUGUUUGCUCAUCCCUCACCCACCGACUGGCUGACACGUGAGAAGCAACCGCACAGCCCACAAAGAAGGAAUUCCCCGUUUUCAGUGUGUGUCACUUCUUUGGUCGCGCAGAUGCAUCGAGUGUGUUGCUGCAAACGGGGUCCGUGCGUGCUGUUGUAACCCAAGAAAAGGUGGUCCUGAGUUUUGGGUUUGGGAAAAGGAAUUGUGAAGACAUAGUGUAGCUAAGUGUUCUCCAAGCAAUCGGGAUAUCGAAAGAACAGCAUCGUCACGGUUCUUGGUCCGAGAACCUUUUCUGCCACCAAUGCUACAUAACUAGCCCCAUACCGUGUGGUUCCUCCUGUCGCAAGCUUCUUCGUUCGGACCGAAGUUUGCUGCUAACAAUUUCCAUGGAAUUGAACGGAUAUGCAAACACCAAAGUGCUCUCAAACCAAAGUUAGCCAAGUUCAGCUGUGUGGUGGUGGUGAGCAGUGUUCAAAAAUUUGGCUUUUAACUUCACAAGAAAUCGGUUUUAUCGAUCGGGAGCUCUGCCCUCCCCCUUUCGCUCGGUAGGUAAAAAUUCAGGUGUAAAGGGAAGGAAGUGUGAACCCCGAAACAAAAAAAAACUAUUACAAUUCUAAUCCGAUGGGAAAACUGUAAAGAAAAGUGCGACUUCUCCCAACAUCCCAUCGCCCCAACUGUGUCUCAGGCCCCACCAGAAAGGUCUCACUAGCGUAUCAAGUCCUACCACAAAGUACCGAAGUAGGUUCCGGAGUAGGUUUAGAGCGUGCUGGAUGUGGUUGGCGUGCCAAUGAAGAAGUGCGCCGCAAGAAAGUCCAUCGCUUACCAGCCUGUCGGGCGUCUCCAUUAGCGAGCAACGUGGUCACUUUCAGCAGCCGUGGUUCGCGUCGUGUAGUCGCGCUUAGAACUCCUCACUAACAAACCGAGCAUUUGUAGUGGUGUGUGACUGCGUGCGUGUGUGUGUUGGUGAUAAACAGAACACUUUCGCUCUUUUGUUGCUCACGUUCUCUCGCCAUUCUCGCCCAAAAAAAGUCGCGGAGCAUUCUACUGGAGCAGUCUGUUGUCAAAUAGUGUGGUGGUCUGUGGCUAUAGGCAGAAUAAAAGGUUUUCCCUUUACUGCCUGUUUGCCUGUGCGUGGCUUUACGUGGUUCCAUAAUGCUGUGAAAUACUAGCUUUUAAGUGUUAUAUUCGGAUGGUGAUGAUGAGAGAAGCAAGAAAGCCAAAAUAAAGUGUGAAUGGUGGAGAAUCCUUCAAAGGCUCAAACCAUGGGUUGAUAUCCACGGAGGAGCAGCAGUGAACGAAAAGCAGAAGAAGAAGCAGACACCAGUCCGUCCAGUUUGUCCAGUGCAGUCCUCUUCCGUAAGUUGCAUCGAAAGAAUGGUGUCAGUGUGUUUGUGCCGAGUCCGUGAAGCGAGUAGAACCACCGCUUACUAUGAUUUUGUGGACGGUGCAUAAGGACGGAUGUCAUGCGAAAGAGAGAGAGAGAGAGAGAUCGAGAAAAGCGAAGCAAGUGUGUGUAAGUGUGUGUGUGUGUUUGCAAAGUGUUUCCGGCACAACGAACGGCCACAGCACGCAUCCGUCUCCCGUGCAACGACCUACCAGCAACACGCCAUCCUUACGAGGUGUUCCUUUAUCGGCGAUAAAUCGGUUGAGCUGAGCGACGGUGAUGAUGUGCUAUCCCGGUGUGUUACUGCGACGCGGUUGUGCGAUCUCCCGUCGCUAGAUCGAGUGCAGUGUGCCCAACAUCCGAUUGUUGCAUUCAAUUGCCUAUUCACAUCGCGUGCAGUACAUUCAUCUUCAUCAACGGCGGAUAAGUUCAUCCUUUUUCAUCGUCGCCAUUGUCAUCACCAUCAUCGUCGUUUGUCACGGGUCUUGUGACACGGCGAAAGUUUUGUCAUCGUCAACAUCCCGAUAGGCGAGACGCUCGCAGUAAAGGUCGUACCGAAGCGGAGCCAACGUGCCAGCAACGAUUAUGAAUGCAAUCUGUCGGUUGGGUGGGCACGCUUUCGGAAGAAGUGAGCCAGUUUGUCUUGACCGUCGUCUCAUCGACUCAUUACAUUGCUUUCGAUACGAACUUUAGCAACCGCUCCGUUCGGCACGUUCGGCCGCUUUUAGCUGGUGCUUCGAGUGGAGCAUCAUUCAAGACAGUCGUCCAAGAAAUCGACGGCUGACCUACACGACGCGUGUUUUGUGGAUAUAUUUGUGCGUGUGUGUUUCUUGUGUGUGUGUCUGCGUGUGUACGAGUGUAGCGCAAUUUCCACCGUCCACCGGCCGCCGCUGGAUGGUGUAGCAUGGAAUUUACGAGCGCCAUGAUUUAUGAUGGUGCUCCACAGCUAAGGACCAAUCGUCAUUCUCACGCAACAGCCGAAGGGAGUCACGGCACCACUACCAACUCCACCGACACCACAAACCACCAGUGCCAAGUAGUUCCGCACCGAGCGGGCAGUCCUCCACACCAACAGCAACGGUCCACUUCCCCGAACCGGCCGUCAACCUCUUGACAUGAGUUUUCUCUUCAGCUCGAUUAAGAACCUCACCGUCGGCGGAUCGGCGGGGAUCGGCGGUUCCUCAGCUGCGGGCACCACCACCACCACCACCAACACAACAACUACCACCCCAACCGCUUCCAACACUGGCCCGAUCGUCAGCUGCUAUCAAGAAUCGGAAGAAAUGCGGUUCAAUGCUUUAUCACCACCACCACCACCUCCACCGCCACCCCCGUCGGCCUCGACCUCCGACUACAACAUCAGCAAAAAGAUGGGCGUCCCGGACACGCAGUCCGACUUCAACCAAUGGCUGCACGCGAUGAAGAUGGUGGCCCGCCUGCCCGGCGGGAUGCCAUCGGAAUUUCGGCGAAAGCUCUGGAUGGCUUUGGCCGAUCGGUAUCUGAAGACGCGAUCCAUCAACUGGGAGGAAGAGUCGGCCAAAUGUCUUAGCGAGCAGUCGGACGAAGACGACGAGGAGCUGGGCAUACAGAUUGUGAAGGACCUGCACCGGACCGGAUCGAGCCUCUGCUCCGGCCCGUCCGGGACGAUCAAUCAGGGCAAGCUGAAGCGUGUGCUGCUUGGCUACUCGCGCUUCAACCCGGAGGUGGGCUACUGCCAGGGAUUCAACAUGCUCGGUGCGCUGAUACUGCAGGUUAUGGACAAGAGUGAAUCAGACUCGAUCAAGGUGAUGAUACUGCUGAUCGAGGGUUUACUGCCGGCCGGCUACUUCUGCGGAUCGCUCGGUGGACUGCAGGCCGAUAUGGCUGUGUUUCGCGAUCUGCUGGGCACGCGGCUACCGAAGCUGGCCCGCCACCUGCAGAAGCUCCAGGGGCCGGAGGGUGCCUUCGAGCCACCGCUGACGAAUGUGUUCACGAUGCAAUGGUUUCUGACGCUGUUCUGCACCUGCCUGCCAAUACCGCUGGUGCUGCGCGUCUGGGACCUCAUACUGAUCGAGGGCAGCGACGUGCUGCUCCGAACCGCGUUAGCGAUAUGGGGAAUUCUGGAAAGCAAAAUUCUCGCCACUAAGACGGCCGAUGAUUUUUACUGCAAAAUGGGAGCCCUUUCGUCGGAGCUUGUCAACGGCAGCCUGGUGGACUCGAACGCUCUGAUACAGCGUGUGGUUGACAUUGGACCAAUAACCGACCUGCAGAAACUACGGGAAAAGCACCUCAACAGUAUUACCCAGCUAAAGGACACUUCCAACCUGAAGAUUUUCUACUCCGACGACGAGGGAGAAUCGGACGAAGACUCACGGCUAGCGGUGACGGCAACCGCCUGGGGUUUACGGUCCGGUCGGCGAGCAUCCUUAGGCAUCCCUCCCAACUUUGCCCGUGCCGAAGGCAAGGAAAAGAUGAAUCUGGACAUCUCGCUGCUGAAGAAACAGUACGACAAGCUGCGCGAACGACAGCGGCAGGCACAUAUCAUCCUAACGGCGGCCGUCGCCCGUCAACCCGCCAAUCCAUCGCCCAACGCGGGCACACUUCAGGUAAACCAGCUGCUCGUCGGCAAAAAUGCUCUGCUCAGUGCCAAAGGCAAACGGCUUGGACCGCCGCCAGGUGCCGUACCGCCCGUCCGGUCGACGAAAUCCUCCAAACAAUCCAGCAAACAGUCCGGCGGCGGUCCAAAAUCGCCCAAACCGGUCGAAACCCUCCACUGGAAGGAUAUGGACGAAACGAAGCAACGCCGCAACAGCCUCAAGUGGAAGGAUCUGCCGAAGGAUGCGGUAAAGAAGCAUGACGAUGGUCCCAAGCCGGACAGUUCGCCCAAGCUUAAGAAAUCGGCCAGCGCCUCGUCGGCCAUUAGCAAUCUUUCGGAAACGGGCAGCAGCGGAGGGGACGGAUCGUCCGGGGCACGCACCGGAGCUCUGAAACGUCGCAGUGAAUCAUCGUCCUACAGUGAGGAAUCGGACGCGGAAUCCAGCACCAGUACGUCCCUGUGCGAUGACGACAAUCAACCGCUUAGCGCUUCCUCGCUGGAAGCAUCACCGAUGAAGCGACGAAUAACGCCCGAGUCCAUCAUCCGGGAAGUGCCUGACGAAGACGCGAAACUGGUUGUGAUCGUGCCGAGCGAUAGUGAGCUGACCGACAUCAAGGAGGAACCCUCGUCGUACGGAGACGACGAAGAAGGCGAACUUAGCCGUGCGUCUGAGGGCGAUCUACAGAUAGUUAGCGAGCUGCUAAGUCCUGCGUCCGAUGGCGUUUCGUUGGAGCAAACACAAAAACUGUCUCCAACAGCUGUGUUGGAGGAUAAGUCUCUCUCGAUUGCCAUCACGAGUACGAGUCAGCUGUCGCCCAUACCCGACAUCAGCAAGUACGUUAGUAUGUCCACGAUCAGUCCACUCAAGACGCCAUCCUCGCUGAGGGACUAUUCGGACUAUCUGGCAAACAUUCCGACCGACAACACCGUCACCGUCGAGGAUACCAAAAGCUCCACGCCUAUGGUGGAAGUGGCACGCGCCGACGCCGACCCAGAAUCGUUCAAAGUAAGCGACGAAGGCGUAACGAACGAGCUGUUCGAGCGCAUCAAUGCGGCGGAACGACCCAGCAAGCUUGAUCUGAACGUGAUUAAGGAACGGCGAGUAAGCGAAUCGCUCGUGACCACCACCGCCGAGAGUGUGCUCGAUCGAAGCGAUGCCACCUCGAAACUGGACAACUAUAGCUUUACCAACGUAUCGAACCGAUCGUCAAUGUCAUCGUCCUUUGUGCUGGAACUGCCGAUCAAGAGCACGCUACAGCACGAUAGCCCACUACUUCCACCGAGCGUAGAUCUUGCCUCGGUAGUCGACCGAGAAUCGACCAAACAGCCAAAGUAUCAAAUAGCCGAUGCACUCAACACUCCAACGCCCCAGGAAGAUGCGCACGAAAGCCCUGAGGACAUUGAACGGUACCUUGCCAAUCGGGUGAAGUUCCUGAAGGAGAAAUCUUUCUCGAUGGACGAUCCGAUCAAGGGUGAGGAUCUACCGCCCGAAGACAUCUCGAAACGAUCCGCCUCGGAGGGAUUGGUGGCGGUCGAUACGAAUCCGCUCAAGAGUGAUAAAAUGUUGGAGAUCAUCAAAGAGAACUCGCUCAUACUCGGUAGGAUAGUGCGCAAAACGCGCGACCAGGACGACCAGCGGACGGAUCAGCUGAUCAAGCAGGACGAAACGGAAAUGCUCAUCAAAACGAUCGAGCAGCUGCCGAGUUUGCAGAUGGACGAAGACUCGCUCGAUCUGAAGAUAUCUCACACGGUGAACGAGAUGUUGGAAAAGUCCGACGUGGACAAACCGCUCCUAUCUCCUUACCGACUGAAGUUUGACGCUGAUCCCGCCACCAUUCUCACCGAGGGUACGAACCCUGCUGAAAGUAUUAAAUCCAAGACGGAUCUCCUGAUCCAACGCACCGAAGAACAGUUGGCACGGUUCGCCCCGCCAGAGCCAACGUACUACGUGCGGAAGGACAACUUCCGGGAGAUUAUCACACCGGAGGAGGAAAAGGUUACGGAACCCGCCCGUGAGCAAGUCGCCGAACCGUCUUCUCCUCCAGCUCCACCCCAACAAUCUGCGGCUGUAGUGAAAGACCCGGAACCAUGUCCGGCGCCACCACAACCACCGCUAAAUCUAAGCUUUAACGCCAUCGACACGAGGGCGGUCUCAUCCAAAACGGAGGAAUUGAUCAAGAAAACGGAGGAACAACUAGCGCGCUUUCGCACACACGACAAAAAGAUGAUAGACAAGCUGGAGAAGCGCCUGUCGCUGAUCGACAUGAAGCUGGGCGAGAACACGCUAGCGCCCGCCCCACUAUCAACAACGGUAGCAUCGAGUAAAACGGAAGAGGUGUUGAAGAAAUCGGAAGAGCAAAUUUCGCGCCUACUGGCACGCAAAUCCCCCACCCGCUUUAAACUCCCCGACACCGACCAUACCGAUCUGAAGCCGCUCAGCAUGAAGACGGAAGAGUUGAUCAAGAAGACGGACGAACAGCUGGCACGGUUUAAAGCGUCCGCCGAGAGUACGGCGGAAAAGCGCAAAAGUCGGCACGAGAUCGACGAGCUGCUGAAGCCGGAAAAUAGCAGCGAACGGGCGCUGAGCCGAUCCUGUGAAUCGAUACGCAGCGAGGACUUCUCGGGCCGGGAUCCGGAGGAGGCGGUGAUUAUAAGGCACGUGAAGGAGGAGAUACUGCGCACGAUCCACAUACCGGACGAGGUGAAAAGCUCCAAGACGGACGAGAUCAUCAAGAGCAUCGAGGAUGGGAAGAUAAAGCUGGGCGACGAUUACAUCACGACGAUCAAGACGAUCGACUACCUGAAGCGAUCGAACGCGAACAUGCUCGCCACGCUUUCGUCGAUUGAGAAUUCGAUCAAAACGAUCGACGGGUACUGUGACUACGAGUCGGACAUUCAAUCGGACCGGAUCAACGAUACGAUUGACAAUUUGGAGAAAUCGCUCAAACAGUUCGAUGGAGGACGGACGAGCCCGACCCGCAACUGUACGGCGGAACCACCGCUCGUGAUGGUGCACGACUAUUCUACCACCCAUCACGAGUCGCGCUGUCGCCCAACGUCCUGCAAUCGGCCGAGUCGUCCACGCAAGCGGAAAGAAUACUCUCCCCGUCGGCGCAAGGACAAGAGUGAUCGCGAGGCGGACAAAAGUGCCAGCCAGCGGUCCCGCAAGGACCACAGCAGCGAUUACUCGUCCGACAAUCAGUCGCUCGAUCGCGAAUCACCCAAAACGUACACGUACGCCUCGUACUACAGCCAUUCGCCUCCACUGACACCACGACUAGCCUCUCCCUCCCGGAAGCUCCCCGAGCCAAACGUACGACCGACGACGCUCAAGAGCACGUCGCACGAUCGGUACACGCUGCAUCUCCAGCGUGACACUGCACCAGGGCUGGUGAAGUUUGACAAAUCACCCUCAUCCCCCAUCAUCACCAAGGCCUACCUGGAAUCGUUAAAACCUGCCACCCCGGUGGCAUCGGGACGAACGACCCGCUCGGCCGAAAACUCACCACCCUACCAUCCAACCCAACCGCCCGCCCUGUCACCAACCACGUCGGUAAACAUUGGCCGCUACACCGGCCCACUGCGCAGCUCCACCUACCACGACACGGAACAUUCGCACAUCAAGAGCUGCGAGAACAUCAUGAUGCGGUUCGACUACGAGAAGAUAUCGGCCAUUGCGGCCAGCUUCCCGAUCAGCAGCGCCCUCUCGCCAUCGCCCACCAAGUACAGCAGCCUGGACUUUAAGCAGGACGGUGCGCUUAAUCUCGGGCUGGCGGCGUCACCGAACAAAAAGUCGCUACACUAACGCUAGACCCUGUGCCCCGUAUUUCGCUAGGUUUGCUCUCACUGUCGCACGCGUGCGCGGAUCCUCUCAUGUUUGACCCACAAUUUCUGUGAUAACUCAUUGUACAGGCAACGACGACGGUACGAUUUCCAUUGCGGGCGAGCACACCGAACUUAAGGCACCCGUUCCAUACACUAACCAUAGCAGGAUAACCCCGGUUCAAUUCCUCUCACGGCACCUCACCUUAGUAUUACCAAACGAAGUCAACGAAGAUGCAGUAGGGUACGAAUUAGCAGUGAUAAAACCCCGCACGUAUUUCAAGCAGAUGAAGACUUUAUCCUAUCCUGCCUGCCUAGCGCUACCGAAAGUAUUGGCCGGCUUGGAAUUGCGAGCAAGCUAGUUCCGCUACUCUACUACUUUCCUCUAUCUACAUUAGAUAAGAAUGGUUGUGGGUUUAGAGAUUGCGCAGUCCGCCGAGUCCUCCGAGCGGACCAUACGCGGUAUUAAGGAACUGCUGAAAGCUGAUUCCGACGACACAGGAGAGAGAGGGAAGGUCUCUUAGCAGGAAAACCAAUUAAAUUACAACGCAAUCACAGCAAAAAGGGAAGUAGCUACUGGUAGUACACUUACUGUCAAUGUGCGAGUAUUAAGUAAUUGGACAGGGGAUGGCGUUACACUUUCAUUUAGUCCACUUUCACUAUAAGCGUUCGUUGGUUCGUUAGUCAUACGCGACUCCCUGUAUACUUAAACCCCAAAACUCCCUUCUCUUACUCUCUCUCUCUUUCUAUCUAUCUCUCGCUCUCGCUCUCUAUCUCUAUCUCAGCGCAUCACGUUCGAUCAUAUACAGGUUCCCAAUAUUGUUACCAUUCAUGCGAGAUGCACCAUUCAUAUUAGCCCGCGAACUCGGUUAUUAUUAGGGCUCACAAAACAAUGUUUGCCUGUUGAUUGUACUAUAUUAACGAUUUAUUGUAAAGUUAUCGGGUUACAUUUGAUAUUACUGAGAAAGAAAAUCAAACGGAGAGAGCAGCGAUGUGUAUGAGCGCUAAAAUGCAACUAGCAGCAGCAGCAGCAGCAGCAGCAGCAGCAGAAUCAGACGCGAACCAAACCAGAAAUUAUUAGAUUGAUAAUAAACGAAGGGCCUGUUCUGCGCCUGGUGUGCAUUCGAGGGCGUAACGGUUACUACUGAUGCAGCAUCAGCAUGCUACACGGCAUCGCCAUUCAUUGCGAACGGGAAUCGUACCACUAGAGACAAAUAUACACACAAACACAAAACUGAUGAA